AUAAACGGGCCGAGAAACAGACGACCGGCGAGAUGUCUCUGACGUGCCGAGUUCAGUACCUGAAUGACGUCGAUCCGUUCGCUUAUGCGAGCUCCUAUCCGGAGCCACCUAGACCUCCUGUGCACACCUUCAGCGCGACCUUGCCACUAAUUAACCAGCUCGCAGCGGUGCAUCGACUUCUUCGGGCGCCUCAUAGGCUCGAUGACACGGCACUCCAGUUAUACAAAGACGGCGAUUAUGGCGCUUACUUGGAUCUCGAGGCCUCCAUCAGUGAACAGCAAGAAGAAUUCGAAGGCUUCCAGACAAACCGAAAGAACUCGAUCGUUCUCAGGACACAGCUGUCCGUGAGGGUGCACACCAUCAUAGAAAAAUUGCUGAACAGCGAGGGCCGCGAGUUGCGACGGGCUCUGUUCUCCCUCAAGCAGAUCUUUCAGGAGGACAAGGAUCUGGUGCAUGAAUUCGUGCAAAAUGACGGGCUUGCCUGCCUCAUCAAGGUUGGCAGCGAGGCCGACCAGAAUUACCAAAAUUACAUAUUACGGGCUCUCGGUCAGGUGAUGCUCUACGUGGAUGGUAUGAAUGGGGUGAUGGAACAUGGUCAGACCGUCCAGUGGUUGUACACAUUGAUAGCAAGCCGCUUUCGUUUGGUGGUGAAGACCGCGUUGAAGUUGCUAUUGGUGUUCGUCGAGUACGUGGAGACGAACAGUUUGCUGUUGGUCAGGGCCGUGAGAUCCGUGGAUACGUCCAGGGGCAUGAUACCGUGGACGAACGUGAUGAAGCUGCUGAAGGAUUACGAUGCCGCUGACACGGAGCUGCUGAUUUAUGCCACGACUUUGGUCAACAAGUGUUUGAAUGGUAUACCGGACCAGGACACUUAUUACGACCAAGUGGACUGUUUGGAGGAGCAAGGAAUCGAGGGAAUCAUCCAAAGGUACAUGUCGAAGCAGGGCACCGACCUGGAUCUCCUCAGACAGUUUCAAAUUUACGAGGCCGUGCUGCAUCACGAAGACGGGAACGAUAGGGGAUCGCCCAUUCGACAGCUCGAUGAUAACAUCAGGAAGACGCUGCGAAAUCGGAAGUCCCUGGUGGAUUCUCACGAGCGUCGAAAAUCCCGCAGACACUCGACGGGCACGUCUCCGUUGUCGAUGUCCUUGAACGCCCGGUUAAGUCCACGGCUCAACCACUCGUUGGGUCUAAGCUCGCUGAACAGCACCCUGAACUCGAGUUUGCCCGACGACGACGACGAGUCGAGUAGCUCUCAAAGUUCGCAGGGUCAUCUCGGCGAGGUUCAGCUGAACGGCAGCUACAAAGAGAACAAAGUGGACGUUGGCGUGACACCGGCGUUAAGACGUCGGAGAGAACGAGCCGAGAGACAGAGAAGCUUUAUCAGGGAGCAACAAGAGGCUACCGCGAACAUGAGGGCGUCGGUGGUUCCAUCGGACGAUCAAGAAAGUCCCUACCCAACGAACGGAUUACGGUACACAAAUGGUACAUCCUAUGAAAGAAACGCGGAUUCGCCAUCGAAUAAGUUGUCCAGGACGAACAGUAGAAAGGAUUUAACACCCUUGAUGAAUGCCGCGAACAAGCUUGACUCGGAAGAGAAGAAACCGUGGUACGGCAAGAGCCCGGACGAGGGUGUCGAGUGCGACGAGGGUAAUCACACCGACGAUGAUGAGGAUCGUCGAGUGGUUCUACAGUUGAAGAGGGAAGGAACCGUCAAGGAUCUCACACAAAAGCUGGCCGCUCAAAAUCUUAUACCGAGCAGUCCGGUUGAAGAGAAGGUUUCCAGGAUAGGGGAUAUGAGCGGUCUGAUCUCAAAAGCUAAGGAGGGUUUGGCAAAAUCGAAGUCAAAAGCGGAUGUGCUGAAGUCACCCACCGGCGACAAUCUGCCUAAGCUUCAGGAAACGAAGAAAUCAGAGAACGAAUUGCACUGGGAGGAGUUGGUUAAGAAGCUGAAGAGACCUCUCGCACUCUGCGAUCUGGAUUUCACCGAUCUGAACUCUGACGACGAAGUCGAUGUUCUUGGUCCGGUAAACGUGACCAACGGUAUACCACCGCCUCCACCGCCCAUGGUACCUUCGCCAGGUGGUAUGCGAGCUCCACCACCUCCGCCACUCGGUGCAAGAUUGCCACCGCCUAUACCUCAGGCACCUCCACCUUUGUUCAGCAUUGGCCUUAAGUCAACGAGGCCAUCGACCGCGACCGAUAGCAGCAACUCGCCAAAGAGUCCACCGCCAACCUUUACGAAGAAGAGCAAGAAGACGGUGAAAUUAUUCUGGAAAGAGGUCAGGGAUGAUCCUAUCAUACUGUCAAGACUCGACAAGAACAAGAUGAUAUGGGACGAACUGUCGCCGGUACCUGUUGACACGCAGAAGCUCGAGCACUUGUUCGAGAGCCGUGCCAAGGAUCUCAUCACGAAGAAGCAGCAGGAGAUGAACAAGAACAAAGAGAUCAUCGUAUUGGAUCAUAAGCGAUCGAACGCUAUCAAUAUCGGAAUGACGAAACUGCCUCCGCCAAGAUCAAUUAAGACCGCGAUCUUGAAAAUGGACGCAACCAUCAUGAACAGGGAAGGUAUUGAGAAACUGUUGACAAUGCUGCCAACCGAGGAGGAGAGGUCCAGGAUACAAGAAGCGCAGGCCGCCAAUCCUGACCUACCUUUGGGAUCAGCCGAGCAGUUUCUUCUAACUUUGGCAUCCAUCUCGGAAUUACCAGCCAGGCUGAAGCUCUGGGCGUUCAAGCUGGAUUUUGAAAAUUCGGAAAAGGAAAUUGCGGACCCUUUGAUGGAUCUGAAGCAAGGAAUGGAAACGCUGCGAGUGAAUAAAACGUUCCGCGGGAUUCUGAGCACGCUCCUUUCGAUCGGGAUAUUCCUCAACGGAAAUGAGGUGAAGGGCUUUCAGCUGGAAUACCUCGCCAAAGUACCUGAAGUGAAGGAUACGGUUCACAAGCACUCAUUGCUUCAUCACCUUUGCCACAUGGUGAUGGAAAAGUUUCCGGAUUCCACGGAUCUCUAUUCGGAGAUCGGCGCUGUGACAAGAGCCUCGAAGAUUGAUUUCGACGAGCUCGCGUCCAACAUAAGUAAACUGGAAAGCGAGUGCAAGGCAUCCUGGGAUCACCUAAAGCUCAUCGCGAAACACGACGGGUCCACGAUGAUGAAAGUCAAGAUGUCGGAUUUCCUGGCGGACUGCGCGGAGAGAAUAAUCGUGCUGGGCAUCGUCCACAGGCGGAUCAUAAAUCGAUUUCAUAAGUUCGUGCUGUGGUUGGGUAUCCCUUUGCACAGGGUGCAGGACACCAAACCAAACGAGUUCUGUCGGAUCGUGUCCGAAUUUGCGCUCGAAUAUAGGACGACCCGUGAACGAGUGAUACAGCAGCUGGAGAAAAAAGCGAAUCAUCGUGAACGAAAUAAGACCAGGGGAAAAAUGAUCACAGAGGUUGGUAAAUUCAGGACGAAAGAGGAUCGCGCGGAUGCGGAGCUCAGACAGCUGCUCGGAAGCGAUAUCUCCGAUGUCGAGAGUAUUCACGGUACCUUACCCUGGAGGAGACAGAGGAAAGAUGGUCGCACUGCAUUGGGCCCGUUGCUUCGCGAUGAGAACACUAAUGGAAACCUGACUGACGGGGACGACGAGUUGCUGGAAUCAUUGGUGAAGACAGCGACGAAAACGCCAGCGACCAGGACGACGCCCAGGGAACGCAAGAGGACCAGACACGCCGAUCUGAAGCGAUCGCGCACCCGGGAGAACAACACCACACCGGAAGGGUAUCAGCCCUGAAGGGCUACCGAUCGUGACCGACGCGAUGAAGUGCGUAGAACGCUGAAGAAUGGCCUCUCGGAAGAGGAGAAGAAACACAUCGCCGCCUACAUCAAGGGCUACUGACUGUGAUAAAAAUCAAACCCCGCACCUCGUCCACGAGAAGAGAAGAAAGAUCAUCGAACCUUCGAUAGGACGUUGAUGACACGGCCAGAAUGUUGCGAUUUCACCAAGCUGACACCUACGAACUUGAUGCAAAACGAACAACGGAAUCGCAAACCCACACCAAGGUUAUACGUUAAUAGAAUUAUAUAUAUACAUAUACAUAUAUAUAUAGGUAUACAAGCAUGUAUUUCGAUCGAACUUUCUGUAUAUUGACAGAAAGCAAUCGGUUUUAUGAGGUUUGUUGUCAAAGACAAAAAUCGAUAUCUUCGAUUCUAUUUUUCGACUUUAUUGCGCGCACUGUCGUUCCUUUUUUUAAACAAUCUUGGCAACAAAUUGCUUAAAUUUAAGGGUGCGUUUUCGCGUGAUGGUAAGUCUUGAUCUUUAAUAUUAUAAUACAUAGUGUCCAUGACUUUUGUGUCACCAAAUUUAGUUACUGUAUAAGUACAGUCUCUUGACAGUCAAAAGCCAUGUUUUAAACAGAUAUAUUUAUAAUAUCUUGAUAACGCAAACUAAUUAUUUCACGUGAAAAUGCAUUCGAAAGGCUGUAAACUGUAAAAGAUGAUUCGUGAUUUUGAUGGGAUAGAAUUUAAUUUAGUGCAUGCUAUUGCGAUCACAGCUAUAGAAGUGAUUUUAUUUAAUUAAUAUUAGAUCAAUUUCAAGAAAAUAAAGUUUUAUAGCAAUGGCUAUUAUAAAUACGUAAAUUUCCUUCGUUGGGUCAUUUUUAAUAGGCGAGUCCAGGAAAUUGUAAGUGUAAUUGCACGAUUGAUUGACGAUUUUUAGAAAAUAUCAAAUGACGGAAAAUUUUCGUUGAAACAAAUUCCUCGUACCGUUAAUUAAACUUUGCGGAUUAACAUUAGAAGGGAAAAAUUCAUUUUUCCAUAGGAGCGUUUGUUUUUAACGAACCUGUCACCUAUAUGAUAAAAAGUGUCGAAAUUAGACGAUUUUAAUUAAAUUUCAUAAUACGAUUUCGAUGUUCACGGGUCGACCAGAGGGAUAAAAACGACGGUAAAUAAUGAAGAUUCGUUCGUGAAAGUCCUCGUUUCAUACGACUUCCGGUAGCUCGAAUGCGGCAGGAGCAAGCUUAUGGGUCAGCAUUUCGCAAGCGAAUGCGGCAACUUUGAAACUUUAUAUCCUCUCCAUCUUUCUUCGUGAAAAAAAGGAAACUUUUCCGAUGCAUCUUCCAUGGUGACAGUUUCCUAGAAAUAAAUGCUCUGGCACAAAAUAGAAAACAUUUUUCAGCGACACUCGAAUCAAUUUUAUUUCGAAGUAUGGAAAGAAGGCUCUUUUGAAUUUCAUGAGGAUUUAUAAACUCGAACGACAGAAACGAUAAAUGGACAAACGUAUCAAACAUGUGCCUAAUACCAAUUUCUAAUCCGUCGAUGAACAGUGAAUUUUUGAAAAAUUCACAUGUUAAUUGCCUUGGAGAUCUUGCUGACUUUGAUUAAAAAUUAAAUAACCGUAUCUUUGUGAAAUCAGAUGAUCAUAUAUUUGAGAAUUAUUGAAAAUUGAAAUAAUUAUAUCUUUUGUAAAUGAGAUGAUUUUCCACUGCGUCAAUUAACGUGUUAAUAAAGUCUAGAAAUAAAGUAUUGUCUUUAUUGUAUAAAAAAGAAAGAAUUGUGAUCAAUUCUACAGGUACGUAGGUAAAGUAUUUCAAUACUUAGAAAAUUUGUAAACGGUGUGAUUUGUUCUGCGGGAGGAGCAACCUAGAAACUUAAUUAAUUUAAUCAUUACCUUACUAUCGCGCGACCUGUGCGCGCAAUUAUUGUAAUUUUCGACGAGAAUGAUUCUUGAAAUAAAUCUUGAGAACAGUAAUAAAA